AGAGACGCAAAGCGCAAGCGAAAGUGACGACAAGUCCUAUGUUUUGGUCUCUAAAUACUUAAAAAUUGAGUAAACUUUUUGAUUAUUUUUUCUUGGUCUCAAAACUGAAAGAAUGGUGAACAACGCAGCAGUCGAAGCGAUAUGUUCAGCGACAUAUCUGUCCAAUUACUUGGACACAAUGGAAACCCUUCCAGAUGAUCUGCAACGCAACAUUUCUGAAAUGCGAGAGCUGCACAUCAGAAGUAAAGCUAUCUUGGAUGAAAUUCAGCAAUUGAGGGGCACUGUCACAACUGAGAGUGGAUCUGCUUCAUCAAAGAAAUCUUGCCUUGCUUUACAAAGAGCUCUCAUUCACUGUCAAGAAAUAGGGGAUGAAAAGAUUGCUUUGGUACAGCUGAUUUCAGAUCUGAUUGAAAACAGGUCCCGACAGCUUGAUCAGGAUAGGGAGCAUUUGGACCCCGGAUCAACCAAAGAGCCAGAAAUUGAAGAGGUUGUUGUUCCAAAGAAAGAAGCUGCCAAGGUGGAACCUGAAAAACCAGAGAAGAACAACGCUACUAAACGUCAACGGAGAACGAAGAAUGAUGGACAAGAGGAAGAAAUUAAGGAAGAGAAAGAAAAGGUGCCAAAGAAAAAGAAGAAGCGGAAAACGGUCAAGAAAGAAACCAACCGAGGUGACUCUCCGCUGGACUUCCAGAUUGACCCGAACGAGCCGACAUAUUGUUCUUGCAAUAACGUCUCCUAUGGGGAGAUGAUUGGCUGUGACAAUGAAAAGUGCGUGAUUGAGUGGUAUCAUUUCGGCUGCGUCGGCCUCCGCACAAAACCCAAGGGAAAAUGGUAUUGCCCUGACUGCAGGGGAGAAAAGUCCAAUAUCAAGCGGCCAGACAAGUAGGAAGACCUUCAAAAUCCCCCCCCCCCGCCCCCCCACUCCAAUUGUAAUGAGGCCAUUUAUGCUGUAAAGAUAUGUAAAUUUAUAUAAAGACUUAUGUUGUAUAGUACAACUGGAAGUUCUGGUCACAUGAGGUGACCCAUUCGCUGUUUGUUGAAAUUUGUGAAGGAA